AUUCUACAAUUCAUCGAAACUUACCCACCCGCCUUUUUACGCCGACACAGGCGCCUCCCAAACCUGUUCUCUUCCACCCCAACAAACAUCUCCACCGACGCCUCUCGGUAUAAGAACAAAGGCUUCUCCUCCGUGUCUGGUCCACGCACGACCCCUUCGACGGCAGCUCCCCAUUGCAUACCUUCUCACCACCAACCCUCCCAACUCCCAUCCAGCGCAAUCAUGUCUGGAGCCGUUGCUGAUCUCGGCCUCAUCGGCCUGGCCGUCAUGGGCCAGAACCUGAUUCUGAACAUGGCGGACCACGGCUUCACCAUCUGCGCCUUCAACCGUACCGUCUCCAAGGUCGACGCGUUCCUGGCGAACGAGGCCAAGGGCAAGUCGGUUGUCGGCGCCCGCUCGACCGAGGAGUUCGUCUCCAAGCUCAAGAAGCCCCGCCGUGUCAUGCUCCUCGUCCAGGCCGGCAAGGCCGUCGACGACUGGAUCGAGACCCUGAUCCCGCUCCUGGAGCGUGGUGACAUCAUUAUUGAUGGUGGCAACUCGCACUUCCCCGACUCCAACCGCAGGACCAAGUACCUGGCCAGCAAGGGCUUCUCCUUCGUCGGCUCUGGUGUCUCGGGAGGUGAGGAGGGUGCCCGCUAUGGCCCCUCGCUGAUGCCCGGUGGCCACGAGGCUGCCUGGCCCCACAUCAAGGACAUCUUCCAGAGCGUGUCUGCCAAGAGCGACAACGAGCCCUGCUGCGAGUGGGUUGGUGACGAGGGUGCUGGCCACUACGUCAAGAUGGUGCACAACGGUAUCGAGUACGGUGACAUGCAGCUGAUCUGCGAGGCCUACGACAUCAUGAAGCGCGGUCUGGGACUGUCCAACAAGGAGAUCGGCGACAUCUUCACCGAGUGGAACAAGGGCGUGCUCGACUCGUUCCUGAUCGACAUCACCAAGGACAUCAUGUACUACAACGACGAGGACGGCACCCCCCUGGUUGAGAAGAUCCUCGACAAGGCCGGCCAGAAAGGAACCGGAAAGUGGACCGCCAUAAACGCCCUGGACCUUGGCAUGCCCGUCACCCUGAUUGCCGAGGCUGUCCUGGGUCGCUGCCUGUCCGGAAUCAAGGAUGAGCGUGUCAAGGCGUCGCAGAGGCUGGAGUACGUUGGCCGGGCCAACAGCUUCGAGGGCGACAAGGACCAGUUCAUCAAGGACCUCGAGCAGGCCCUUUACGCCUCCAAGAUUAUCUCUUACGCCCAGGGCUUCCAGCUGAUGCAGGAGGCCGCACGGGAGUACGGAUGGAAGCUCAACAAGCCCUCGAUCGCCCUCAUGUGGCGCGGUGGCUGCAUCAUCCGGUCCGUCUUCCUGAAGGACAUCACGGCGGCUUACCGAAACAACCCCGACCUGGAGAACCUGCUAUUCGACGACUUCUUCAACAAGGCCAUUCACACCGCUCAACCCGGCUGGAGGGACGUGGUCUCGAAGGCUGCUCUCCUCGGAAUCCCCACCCCCGCAUUCUCCACCGCCCUCUCAUGGUUUGACGGCUACCGGACUAAGGACCUGCCUGCGAACCUGCUGCAGGCCCAGCGUGACUACUUCGGCGCCCACACUUUCCGCAUCAAGCCCGAGUUUGCGAGCGCCAAGUACCCUGAGGGCCAGGACAUUCACGUGAACUGGACUGGACGUGGCGGCAACGUCUCUGCCAGCACAUACUCGGCCUAAACAACUCGAAACAAAGAUUCUCUGCAUGUAAAUCAAGGAGGAGUUGACCAUGAUAAAUUAGAAUGAAUGAAACGUUCCCCGUUCAAAAGUCUA